CGCAUAUAACAGUUACCAUGACAACAACAACGGGAAGCCAAAGAUGGAUGGUACGCUUAACGGCAAUAGCAAGCGAAGGGACAAGUCAUAUAUGAUGAGCCUGGGGCUCUCCUUCUCGGGGUGCUCGGAGGAGGACGAGGAGCAUCAGGAGGAGGAGAAGGAAGAUCGCAUGGCAGUCGACCGGGCCAAAGCCACGGCAGUGAAGACCAAUAAAGUCCGUCGCAGCAACAGUAUUGGUAAUGGUCAUGAUGGGAACAAUAUCGAUGGGUGUAGGAAGAAGCUGAGGUUGACAAAGGAGCAGUCGGCUUUGCUUGAAGAGAGCUUCAAGCUUCAUAGCACUCUUGCUCCGGCUCAAAAGCAAGCUCUGGCUGACCAACUGAACUUGAAGCCACGGCAAGUGGAAGUUUGGUUCCAAAACAGAAGGGCAAGGAGCAAGCUGAAGCAGAUUGAGCUAGAUUUCGAGCGACUUAAGAAGAAGUGCGACAGUCUAAGUGAUAGAAACCAGAGACUCGAGAAGGAGCUGCACGACUUAAAAUCAAUGAAAGACGACCGGUCAUCAUCAUCUACUGUUCAGCUUCCUAGCUUGUCCCCAGCAUCGUUCCUGCUAUGUUCCUCCUGCCAGAAAAUCAUUGGCGCCGGUGAAAGAAAUUGAAGAGCUAGCGCAGCAGUUUUUUAUUACAGCAGGCCCACAAGACAAAUCAAUAUCGACCGAAGAAAGGAAUUGGGGAGAUACAAUGGCAAUACUGAGAUCUCUAAUUGCUAAUGAUUUUAUUAGGUCCAUAGGUGCGAAAUUAACAGAGUUUAAUCAUGUAAAAUCG